GUGAAAAGUGCCUGUAUCUGAUGAAUGUCUUGAAAUACAGGAAAUGUGGUGCUUUUUCCCCCAGAGGUUCCAAAGAACUCUUCAAGAGCUUCAGUGCAGCUUGGUGUGGGGAUACUUGGAAAUGAAGUUUUGCUCUUGCCUGAGGUUACAAUAUAGAUUCAAUCAGAUGAUUCUGUUCAUUGCCUUUGGUUAUUUACAAGACCUAGGGUAAUAUUACAUGCUGUUACCCUAAGAACCUGGACUGAACCCUGUGCUAUAAUACUGGACCAGCUGCAACCUUUCUGCUAAGUUGUCUUUGCAGAUCCAAGAUAAAGAAUAAGCAGUGUAAUGAGGUCUUAAAGGCAGAAUCAAGUGUGCUUGUGUGCUAGAAUAGAAAGUUAUUCAAAACUGGUUUGUUCUCAUUUGUUUAGUGUGCUUAAGCUCAACAUGCAUUAAUUUUGUACUUUCUGAGAGAUUUUCAUUCCUAUUGUGCACAGCACUGAGUUUUGGCUUCUGGGAAAAUUUUGCACUGUAUUUCCAUUUUUCUAAGACAAGUGUCUUUGUUACUGUCCCACUGGUGUAUUUUGUUUGUAAAUGAAUGCUUGUUCUUAUCUAUGUGUAUCAUAUAUAGAUAACACCACCAAGCUUUCCCUUAAUUGAUGUGGGGUUGGGAAAUUUCAAGGCUAGAAGGGAAUCUUAAAGGCAUAACUUCCAUUAAUCUUGCACUGUGAAUAGCUUGCCUUUAGUUGACAUUUAGAUCAUGGUAAAUAUAGCUGUGUGAAUCAGAACAAAGCAUGAUUGUGAGAGCAAAGCAUUGAACAGUUUCUGCUGGUCAUAUGCUAUACAUCAGUGUCAAACUCCCACAGCUCUGCAUUCAAAGUCUGUAUGUUAAAAACUGAGGGGAAAAAUAUGAUUUUAAAGUGCUCCUUUAAAUUGCAUACAGGUAGACAGCCUGCGUGUUGUUAAUAAAAUCCAUUUACCCAGUUACUCCACAAUGAAAAGCCUCUUUUUUUAGGGAAUUAUGCUCUGUAUGUCUUAUAGCUUUGAUUUUUUUUUUCCUUUUUUAUUUUUUUUUUUUUCCUUAGGAAGGUUUGCAGAAUGGAUGCCUGGAAACCACUUCUUCUUCUCUACAUUUUUACCUUCUCUACAGAAUCAGAGGAGACUGAAUGCAACAUAGAUCUUUCUAUAGCAAUUGAUAUUUCAAGGAGUAUGCAGCCAGCACCCACAAUGCUUCUGAGACAGAGAUUGCAAGCAUUCCUCCCCAGACUUUUACUCCAGAUGAAAUCACUGCCAAAUACUAGCUGUAGUGCUGCAGUCGACAUUGGGUUCAAGUUCCAAGUAUUGGCACAGAACAAACAAUUAAUCUUUGACUCUGGUUUUGAAGGCUAUAAUGAAGAGAUCAUCCAGAAGUUCUUAGAUGCACAGACCACUGUGGACACCUACAUGAAUGCAGAGUUUUUGCAGGCACUUGAGGAGAACUUCUUUAAUGUGACCUCUGCUAAAGUUAAGGUCCUGUUAGUAUUUUCAGAUGGGCUGGAUGAUUCACUGGAAGGCCUGAAGAAAGCAGCAGACUCACUUCACUUCAAAGGUCUUGAUGCACUUCUAUUAGUUGGCCUGGACAAUACACAGAACUUGACUGAAUUUUGGGAAAUAGAGUUUGGCAGAGGGUUUGGAUACAACGAACCUCUGAGUGUUGGGUUUGCAGAUAUUGCAAACAUCUUGCUGAGAAACCUUGAUACUGUUGCUGAAAGAAAAUGCUGUAAGGUUAUUUGUAAGUGUCUUGGAGAAAAUGGUGAUCAUGGUGUCCGGGGAAAUCCUGGAAGGAAGGGAAGUACUGGUUACAGAGGAUCUCCUGGCCAUCCGGGUGAGGAAGGUGGGAUUGGCGAGAGAGGCCCAGCUGGUUUCAGUGGGACUCAAGGAGACAGGGGAUGUCCAGGUGUCAGAGGCCAUAAGGGGGCCAGAGGUUAUAGAGGAAGUCAGGGUGAACAUGGUGAGAGUGGAUUUGAUGGCACUGAUAGAGAACAGGUAAACAUUACUUUAAAUGUGCAGUGUUAUUAAAGACACCAACAUCAG